AUGACGUACAGGGAGUUGAUCCGUCGGGUGAAGAGCAGACUCAACAUAGUUGAUCCCAACAUCGCUGUUAAACUGGCCUACCAGUACCCAGACUGGCUAGUCAUUGACGACGUCGAUGGUUCAACUCCGGAGUACAUUACGGACGAUCAGGAAGUCGACGUUUUCAUCGAAAUGCGUAGAAACAUCGAGGAGGUUAACCUAUGUGUUACUAUCUCCAAAACGAUUUCCGGAAUCACGACCACAGCUAAUGGAGCGAGGAAGCGUGUUACAACGGACGCCAGAGUCCCAAUAGAUCCACCAUGCGCCGGAGAAGAAGAUGGAAUGGAGGUGGAGGCAGAAUGGCUUGGAUUUGCGAUGUCCGAGACACCUCUAACCAGCGGCAUCACAAUCCGCGAACCGGAACCAGUCAUCCGACUUGCUUCCCCUGUUCCAUCCGGAAAAGAUAAAGGGAAAGGUGUUGCUCUGUAUGUGGACUCCGACACAGACGGCGAUGAAGAAGAUGUUGUUGUUCCUCAGUUCCGUCCUGCCCGGGAAGCUAUGGACGCCGACGGGGAUCGGAGUGUUCCGGUUCGGAGGCAGCUGUUUCCGGAUGCGCUGGAGUUUGCUGAGGGGACGACGUCAGAAUCAGGUCACGACGAGGAAGGGGAAACGAACUACGUUCCACAGGGUGACUUACCAACUUGGGGAAGAUUCGAGCAAGCUCUGCAUGAGAUGCUCACUGAUGUUAGUCAAGAUCCUACUCUCUUUGGCCGGGAUGCUCCACCGGUGUUUGAAAGGGCUCUGAACUGUAAGUUUACGAUAUCUUUGAUGCUUUAA